AUGGUGCUUGUUGGUUUAGUCGCUGCUUAUCUUAGAUUUCGUCAUAUUGCUCAUCCAGCAGCUGUAACAUUUGAUGAAGUUCAUUUUGGAAAGUUUACAUCUUAUUACCUUAAACGUGAAUUCUUCUUCGACGUUCAUCCACCUUUAGCAAAAUUGAUGCUCGCCUUUCAAGGUUGGUUAGUGGGAUAUGAUGGAGAGUUUCCUUUUGAAAAUAUUGGUGAUAGUUAUUUAGAUGGUGAUGUUCCUUAUGUCGGAUUAAGAUCAAUGUCAGCUUUCAUUGGGUCUCUUACUGUUAGCUUAGUAUAUGCUAUCAUGAAGGAAAGUGGAUAUCCAACAGUAGUGAACGUCUUGUCAGCUUGUCUGAUUGCAUUUGAUAACGGUCAUAUUGUACAAACUCGUCUUAUUUUACUAGACGCACCUCUGAUAUUUUUCAUGACAUGCAGUCUGUUUUGUUAUAUCAAGUUUUACAAGCAACGGUAUCAUGAAUUUCGUAGGUCUUGGUGGACUUGGCUCUUCCUGACCGGUUUGUCAUUGAGUUUAACCAUCAGUUGCAAGAUGGUGGGGCUAUUUACCUUCUUCACCAUUGGAAUGGCCGUAGCUAUUGAUCUGUGGGGGAUGUUGGAUAUUAAAAGGGGUCAUCCAAUGGAUCACAUAGGUCGACAUGUUUCGGCACGGAUCCUCGGUCUGAUUGUCUUUCCAGCGAUUGUCUACUUGUUUUGGUUUUGGGUCCAUUUCUCGGUCCUGAUCAACAGUGGAACAGGUGAUGAAUUCAUGACGGCAGCAUUUCAAGAGACUCUACUAGGAAGCCCUUUGACUUUAGCGUCUGAAGAGAUCCAUUAUAACGAUACCAUUACACUUCGGCACCGAGCUACUAAAUGUUUGCUUCAUUCUCACCCACAAAAGUAUCCUGUAAAAUAUGAUGAUGGUCGAGUCAGUUCUCAAGGUCAACAGGUUACAUGCUAUCCUCAUGAUGAUGUCAAUAACAAUUGGAAAGUCGAAGCUACUAAACCCAUCUUAGGUGUAGGCAGAGAACAGAUCGUUCGUCAUAAUGAUAUCAUUCGACUAAAGCAUAUCGCUACCAACUCUUAUCUAUUUACACAUGAUGUUGCUUCACCUAGUCUAGCAACCAAUCAAGAGUUUACUACUUGGCCAAGUAGAGCAUCAGGUGUUGCACAGUUCAAUGACACCAAAUUCAAAGUCGUCAUUGAUGAUGCACAUACCGGAAAGCAGUGGAAAACCAAAUCAGGUCACUUUCAGCUCAGGCAUGUAGAAACCGGUGUGGCCAUGUGGACACGUAGUACACCUUUGUUACCGGAUUGGGGAUUCGGACAGCAAGAAGUUAAUGGUCAUAAAGUAUAUACCGAUAGAACCCUCUUGUGGGUAGCGGAUAGUAUCAUCCGAGAUAAUAAGAUGAGAUCACCAGAACCGAUUCCUAAAUCGAUUCGACAACGAUCAUUUUUUAAAAAAUAUUUAGAACUUCAAAUCGCAAUGUUACAACAUAACUCUGGACUAACUGAAUCACAUCCAUAUGCAUCACCACCAAUCAAUUGGCCAUUCUUAUUGGCCGGUGUUAGUUUUUGGACUAGUUCACCGGAUCUUCGUCAACAAGUUUAUAUGGCUGGAAACGUAUUGGGAUGGUGGUUUUGUAUGAUGUGUAUGUCGAUUAUUACUGGGAUCAUGGGUGCUGAUCAGUUUGCGAGAAGGAGAGGGAUCUCUCCUAUACCUGAUCAUAUUCGAAAUCGACUUUAUAACUCUGGAGGAUUUUUCAUCUUAGCUUGGCUUUUUCAUUAUUUACCAUUUUAUAUGAUGAACCGACAACGUUUCUUACAUCAUUACUUACCUGCUCAUCUAUGUUCAACACUAGUAGCUGGUUCAGUUUUCAAUUUUAUCAUCACAGAAUCAAUUAACUUUCCAGUUUCAAUCUCGGGUCCAAAUACAAGACUUAGAAGAAGACAAAGAGCAGAGAUACCUAAACAUGCUAAAAUGAUCUUGUUCUUCAUGAUCUUUGUACUUUGGGUUUCAUUUGAUUUUUUGGCUCCACUUACUUAUGGUACACCGGGUUUAAGUGCAGAACAAGUUCAAAAUCGAAAAAUCUUAUCUUCUUGGCAAUUGCAUUUUGCAAAAUGA